AUGAUUGCCCCAAAGCAUAUUGCGGGCUCGGGGUCGGCUGCGGGCGCAGAAACAACUAUGCAGGGCGAUGUUGCACAGGAGGCGUCGCACAUCUCAAUGUCGCCAUCUGUGCUUGGCAGUUUGAGAGGCGUGCUUGCAGUGGUAUCCAGCUGCCACGAGGCAUUGGAGCCAGCAGGCGACGCCGACAGCGGCGAGCGAGCUCUUUUGGGCGAUCGAGGUGGGGGAUCGUGGCUUGGGGCUUCCAAUGUCCGCUUGGGCAGCCCAGAUCCAGGCGUCUGGCUCAGUGGCUCGGCUAGCAAUCUGACGUCCAUUUACGAUGAAGAUUUUGUUGAUGAGGAUCGAUGCCGCUCGAAGAUGGAGAGUGAACAGCUCAGGAAGCAAAAUGCAUAA